UGCUGCUCCUGCGUCCCUCCAGUUGCCGCCCCGAAUAGGCAUGCUAAGCAAAUGCCCAGCACAGUACAGCACAGAGCUCUCUCGGCCGCAGAUACUGAACGCAGGGAACUAUAGCCUACCAGACGAUAACGCGACCGACGCAUCUCCCAGGAGGAGAACUCAACAUAACCUUUAGGGAGAGGAGUGGCGUCGAAAGGAAGGAAAAGAGGAAGAGAGUUUUGCCAGGCGUCACUUAUCUUGGAUUACGUGGAGAGAAGUGAUGGCCAGUCAGCUGUGCAGCUGUGCUCGGGCUCCUUUCGCUGCGUCUAGCAACCAGGUCUGAGUGACGCCCCCCACCCGCCCCUCUUUCAAAAACAACACCAGCAAAACAAAUGCGACCAUGUACAGCGUGGAGGACCUGCUUAUCUCUCAUGGAUACAAGCUGCCCCAAAACACCUCUACCGCCCCCACUGCAGUCUCCCCCACCCCCCCGUCCUCCUACGAUAACAAGCGUUACGGCGACCCUUCCUCCUGUCGCCAGGAGAUCUUAGAGAGCCGGUCUGGUGGUGGUCACGGCACGGUGAACGGGUAUGAGAUAGACUCUGCGCCGGGGGUAUAUGUGUACGGCAACAAUAACUGCAGGAAGCCCCAGCCACCAGCCCCAACCAAAAGCUACUCCUCGAGUCACACUGACAAUGCAUGGAGGGACAGGAACAGCCAACCACAGAGGAGGGAAGCCGACAGCGGUAACCAAGGUGACACCCACUCCUUGGGCGAUUCUCUCACGACAGAUAGCGGGUUCUGUGAGGGGCCCAGAGGGGUGUAUUCAGAGUCCAGGGGCCACCGAGACGUGUCCUACUGGAGGAGGAGAGGCCAGGACUUCAGUGUUCUCCUGGAUUACGCUGACUUCAGAGAACCUCGAGGAGGAGGCUAUAGGUCAGAGGGGGUGCAGCAGCCACAGAGAAAGGAGGUGCCCCCAGAGGAUCAGCGGCAGCAGCGUGAGAGGCAGCGUUGGGCAGUCCAGUCCCGCUCCAAGCAGAGAGAGGCAGCGCUGCAGCAGUGGACGACGGCUGCCGUGGAGAGGAAGUGUCAGAGCCUGGGCACGGACGAGUGGCGACCCGCCGUGGUCAGCUUCGCCCGCCAGCUCUCGGACAGCGAGGGCGACAGUUGGGCUCGGGCUCAGGAGCAGCAGCAACUGCAGCAGCGCCACCUCCGGACACCGGAUGGCGCUGUGGUUGUAAUGGGGCCCAGGAACAAAGGGAAGUCCCAGUCUCUGCCCCGAAUGCUGCCGCCGGACAGCCUGCAAUACGUGGCCAUGUCUGGGUCUGUUGGGUCUGGGCAGGACGUAUACAGGAAGGUCAACGGCCAUCCAGGGUCCCAUCACGACCCUUACAACAGAUAUAACCACAACCAGGCUGGGACAGGGGACAGGGACAGGUGGUCUGAGAAUGACAGCAGACCAUCCAGUCAGGCUAGUAUGGCCAGCCAGCUUAGCCAGGCCUCUCUGGUACCAAAGACCCGGUUCAGCCGUCCCCUGCGGCCUCCGUCCUACGAGGUGCACCAGCAGACCCGGGGGAGUUCUGAGACGCUGUCAGGAGACCCAGCAGCAGCAUCAACUCCACAGCCCCAGGCCAGGGACAGAACCCCCCUCCCCCACCCCAGGAUGGGUGACCCCAGGCUGGACUAUUAUUCACAAGAUGGAGGGUCCGGCACGGAUCCUCCGGGUUAUAUCCCUCCCCCAUCAUAUCCCCCCAAGAGAGCUCCGCUUAUGAGAGGGGGCCAUGGAGGUCACAGGGGCUAUGGAGAGGUCCCAGUGAACUACAGGUACCACCAGGUGUUCCAGCAGCAACAGAUGCGUGGGACCCCGGACCCCUGGUUCAGUAGCAGACACACCGGUGGAGGAGCGUCCUGGCCGGAGCCUCAGAGAGAGCCCCUCCGAGAGAGGAGCGUGCCCCACCGGAAACAGCUCUACCCUGGCAACAGCGAGCAGCAGCACCAGCCGGGUCUGGGUCCUGGCAUCCAGUACGUCCACGACCCACGUGUCCGACAAAAUUCCGGGGGAGGAAGCUCGUCUCUAGGCGGUGGAGGUAACUCCAUGACAGACCCCGACAACAUUCGCCACAUCCGUAACUCCACAUCCUCUGAGCUUCCCAGUGUCACCGUGUCAGACCACUCGUCUGAUGACAGUGCCUUCCUGUCCCUCGCCUCCACGGGGGCCCCGCCAACACUUGCCAGCACGUCAGAUCCAGCCAGUCCGACAACGCCGAAGUCUACUAGCGACUAUGACAAUAAGAAUAACCGGUGGAAGCAGCAGCACAGCGAUUUGCACAAAGAGACUGACUCACUAGAUAACUUCCCAGCAGCAACUGACCAAAACUGUAACAGGUAUAAUCCCAAAAACAACCUAGGUGGUUUCUCUGCCUUCCAGCCCCCAGCCCCGGCCUCAUCGGUGCUUCUUAGCUCCAGCUCAGACCAAGGAUUCUCGGAAACAACCAUCACGCAGGUGAAGAAGAUAGUUCCAGGAGACUCGGGGGUAGACCACAACAACAGAAACUCUAAGAGGAAGUCUCACAGUGAGACCAUAUUCUGCCUGGUGUCUGUCCCCAUCCACAUGCAGCAACAACAAACCAAUAAAGACUCAGUCUCCACAGCAGACCAGAACAAUAACGAGAAGAUGCCUGACAGUCUGCCAAGUAGUCUGCCAAUCGUGAGCGUCUUCACCACAGAAGACAACCAAAACACUGUGGUCCAAUCAGACAACAGCCAAAGCCUCCGUAGCAAGUCGUUAUCAGACAUGGGUCUCAAACCCCCCUCCCACACCAGCAGCUUCAGUUCUAUGAGAAGCACCAGGAAGGGUCCUCUGAGGAAGGAGAUAGUAGACGCCUGGUCACUCCAGGCCAGUGCUGACAAGGAGCUGUGCUAUGCCGGCUCCUGGCCCGGGGACCAGUACAGGAACCAGGAAACCCAGACCAGCUCCCCCGUGAAGGGUCCUGGGUGUACAGGGGGGACAGGUCAGCCUGGAGGACAGGGGGGUCAGGAGCCAGGCCACCCGGCCUCGGACACAACCGCAGACAGCGGCGUGGGCCCCGACUGCAGCUCUGUGUCCGCCUCCUACGGCGUGGGCUACCCCAUGAAAGGCCAGAAGAACCUCCACCCGUCCAGCAACAGCGCCUUCUCCCGCCUCAGUAUCAGCCCGGCCCAGCCCCUGUCACUUCCAUCACUCCCACCCCAGCCUCCACCCUCUGGAUCUGGGGAGGAGAGAGACCAACAUACUUCCACAUCCAGAAAGACUGGUGCUACUACCACCACCUCCAACACCACUACCAAACCCCCAGACGAUGUCAACGCUAACAGCCAGGGCCAGGUGGCGUUUGGUCAGUUCCUGCUGAAGCCGGUGAGUCGGCGGCCGUGGGACGCCAUCGAGGAGCUGGAGUGUUUCAACAAGGCUGCCGGCGUAGAACUAGACCAGAUCCAGAAGGUCCAGCCCAGGAGACCCAGUGUGGACCAGUGUAUAGAUGACCUGGACGAGGUGUACAGGAACAUCAUGGAGCUGAGCAGAAAAGACACACAACAUCAACAUCAGCCCAUAGCCCCUCCCCUUCUAGAUUCUGAGCGGGAGACAGUUAGCCUUCCAGACCAGCGCCUGAAUAACAAACCCAACAACAACGUCCCUACCAUCAGGCCCAGACUAGACAGCUGGGGCCCUGGUUCCUCUAUAGACCCAGAAUAUAGGGAGGUGAGGAGUGCCUUCUCCAGGCCCCAGCCCCAGAACAGGACCAGCAUCCCCAGACCACUGAGAGAGGACCUGGUGCCAACUGGUUUUAGAGACUACAAACUCCACAAUGAACAGAGUGACCACAGGGAAACCUAUGACCCCAGGCUUACCUACAGGCAGGAGCAGGACGUCGCCAAGGAGUCUCUACUGAGGGACGUGGGGCUCACCGUCUACACUGAAGCCCCUGGGAGUCUCGGAGAGCAGGACCAGCACUGUGGCCCCACAUUCACACCGCUCACAUCGUUAGACCACAAGGAACUAUGUCACAACGUGCAGCUAUUAUGGGAGAGCGGAGAGAAACCAUCUCUAGCCAAAAGCAGCCAGGUUGAGGUUGCGCACAUCCGUGAGGGCAGUAAUAAGGACGAGCUGGGCCCCACUAAAGUAGUGGAAGAGGAGAGGAAGGUAAAGCCGGAUAAUGUGCCCAUCGUGCCACCCAGAUUCAGAGGCCAUGAGCCCAAUCUGAACAUCCGCAGGGCACGGAGUGAGAAUAGCAGGUCGCCAAGAGGUGAAGGGUUGUGGGGGUCACCACGACCCGGCAGGCUGACCCGAGAGGCAGUGAUCGCCUUCAAGGAUGGCGACUACAGAUACAGCGUCAGCUCCGAUCCUCUGAGUUGGCGUAACGAGGCGACGUUGGCAGAUCGACACCUGGAGACCCUGCUGAUCAAGGAGAAGGCGAACACCAGGCCCACGGAGGACCUGAGUAAUCUAUAUGAGGUGAAGUGUGCCAAGGGGAUCCCUGAGAACGAGACGAUGGAGCAGAGAGCAGCCAGGAUACUGGGGAUAGACGUAGCCCCGGAUUCACUGCAGAGCCGGGUCCAGGAGAGAGAGGAGGAGUCACUGCAGGGGGUGGUGGAGGAGAGCGAGGAGGAAGGAGAGACUGGCAUAGGUGAAACACAGGCACACAGCCCUUACAGAGAGCAGCAGAACCAAUAUGACACAAAGACUGGGGAAGAGACACCAGAACUCCAUCCAGAAGGAGCACAGGCUGUGGAAUCACUGGGCCUGGUUGAACAGAAAGAGGAGGAGCAGGAGCAUAGAGACAACACAGAGAAUCAGAGACAACACAAAGAAGAAACCCAGGAGCACAGUCCGGACAGAGACACGGAGACAAAGCAUGUGAGAAGACAGUACGAACAAGUGAUGGAGGUAGAGGUAUCCGUGGUUACCUUGGGAGAGGAGAAAGGAGGAGGACCCAGUAAGGAUGACAGCCUAUCAGUAUAUGAAGACAGACAUGCUGGAGGAGGUGGCGAGAGCCAGAGCCACCCCUCCAUGGUGCUGGAGCUACCGGAGUUCCCUCCCAGUAGUCUGCCCCUGUCUCUGCCCAUGACCCGAGACGAGGAGCUGGCCCUCAGCGUGCUGAGUGUGGGAGGGGGUGGGGAGAGGCAAGGAAAGAAGGGACACGGUAGUGGUGGUGCCUCCCCCAGGCUCUCCUCGCCCCCCUCCUCCAUAUCACCUGGCUGCACGGAGAGCAUGGCCCACAUGGAUGAGCCGUUCUCCAUCUCCUGCAUCCGUGUCAGGUGUUCAGGAGAGGCAGAACCAGAACAAGAGACCGGGGUAGUGGUAGAGGCAGAGCGAGAGAACGACGCAAACCCAGGGGAAGGGAUGCGGCAGGCAGAGGAGAAGAGAGAAAGGGGGGAGAUGGAGGAGUUGAGGAUGGAGUCCAAGGCGGAGGUGGAAGAUAUAGAAGAUGAGCCAGAGGUCGUGCAGGAGGAGGAGGAGAAAGAGGAAGUCAAAAUCAAGGGGAAGAAGGAUGAGGAGAAAGAGCCAAAGAUGAAAAGAGAGGAGAAGACAAGAGAGGGGCAGGAGGUGGAGAAGGAUGAGGUGGUAGAGCCAGAUGAGAAAAGAGAGGGGCAGGAGGCGGAGAGGAGUGAGAAACCAGAUGUCCAACAGGAGGUUAGGCCAGAGCCGGUCUCCAGACCUAUGAAACCUCCUCUCCUCCCCAAGCCCAUCCCUAAACCUCGUAGCGGCACGGUGGCCAAGAGAGAGAUCACCCUCCCCCUGAGCUUCAAUGUGUCUUCCUGUGGCUCCUCUCCCACCCUAGAGGACGGCGAGAUGCUCUCGGACUCCUAUGAUCCUAGUCGAGUGGAGAGAGUGUAACCUCGACCUCUAUCAAUACCUUCGACAUCUGGGGGGGAAUUGGCAUUGGUCACCGCUCCGUCCGCCCAUCCGUCCGUAAACUUUUCAGUCAAUGCCUUUGUGUGUCUCCCAAAUAGCACCCUAUUCCCUAUAUAGUGCACUUCUUUUGACCAGAACUCUAUCGGCCCUGGCCAAAAGUAGUGCACUAGAUAGGGAAUUAGGACACAAACUUCAUCUCACCCCAUGACCCCCCUCCAAUCACUGUGCGCCCUUUUCACCAGUACAAGCAUUGUUUACGCAACAGCAACAGUCUAUAAUGUCUGUCUGACUCUUGGUGCUCCAAUGGCCUCUCGACUGCCAAACAAGAGAACCACCUGGACAUACUUCUACUUACCCUCCUCUUCCUCCUCUUCACCAUCCUCCUCUCCUUCCAGACGCUUCCAGUCAUUAGUGUCCUACUUUUGACUAGGGCCCUUAGGGCUCUGGUAAAAAGUCGUACACUGUAUAGUAAAUAGGGUGCCAUUUGGGACGUUAGCUGGGUUUUCUUGGAAUUGCAUGUCUGUCAUCAACUGUCUCACAAAACCCAAUACAACAGCACUGUGGUUCCUUCCUAGAGGCCUGAUGUUGGAAUAUGAAUGUAAAGAAGUGCUUCUGCUUUUCAAACACAAACCGUUACUAUGAGAUGAAUCCACAAAAAGACAAACGUCUCGAUUUACAAUCAGUGUUACUUAUGCACACACCAAAUGUAAAUAAUAAUUAUAGAGGUUUAAGGUUUUAUUCCAACAUACUUUUGUGAGGUUUGUUGCUGAACUGUAUAUUUUCUUACCUGCGUUGAGAACUUAAAUGUCAAAGAAGAAUCCGAUUUUGAAAGCUAUACUCUUGAGAUGUUAUUAGCAAUGGAUACAUCUUUCCUGGUUUCUGUUAUUGUGUGUGUGGCUUGGCCGUGAGCCUGAGAAUGUAAUUCAAUACGAGGCUGGACCAGAUUGAGAAUAGCCUGGUCCCGGAUUUGUUUUUGCUGUCCUGCCACCUCCUAUGGUCAUUGGUUUGACAGUUGGCAUGACGGCACAAACAGAUCUGGGAUCAGGCUAGAUAUAAAACACUGUGGUGUUUGACAAAAGUGUCACUCAGAGCAAUACUGUUGUUACACAGGGCUUCUCUUGGGGCUGCUUUGAGAGAGCAGCCGAGAGCCUGUGUCCUGUAAGGUCCAAUCCCAAACUGCCCCCUAGACACCUACAUUUGAGAUGGGGCCCAAGACAUUGAUCUCAUUACAAAUCGUUGCGUUAAAUCUCUACCAUUUGGUACUGAAAGCACCAGAGGUGGCACUGUUAGCUAACGUCACUGGUCUUGUGUCAACUGUCUGUGAGUCGCUGGUGGUUCACCGUUGGAGGUGUUCCUCGGGUGAAUGUGAGGACCGUUUCCUUUCAUUUCUAGUGCCAUGGUGUGUCAGGACUGUGUCAGGACUGUGUCAGGACUGUGUCAGGACUGUGUCAGUGGUCAGAUUUUGUUCUUUCAGCAUCAGCAAUCGCAGCGGCAUUUCAUUUCGCAAAAUGUAUUUAUUUUUGUUAAUCAAUCCUCAUACUGUACAAAAAAAGAAGUAUAUUUUAAGUAUAUUUUCAAAUGUAAAAGAGGUUUAUAUUUAACCGUGCAGUUUCAUUUGCUCACAUAAAUCAAUUUUUGAGAUAUCACGUGAAUAUAUCACAUUUUUUCCAAAAGUGCUUUUUUUUUUGCAAGGAACAAUAGAUAGACAUGUAAGGAUCUCAGUGUGCCUUGUACACACUUCUGUUUCUGUGGUAGGCUGAGUCCCAAAUAGCACCCUAUGCCAUAGUGCACUGCUUUUGACCAGAGCCAUAUUGACCCUAGUCAAAAUGAGUGGACUAUGUAGGGCAGGGGUACUAAAACUCUUAACCUAUGAGGUCAGCAGCCGGCUGUUCUUCUGUUCUACCUAAUUAUUAAUUGCACCCACCUGGUGUCCCAGGUGUAAAUCAGUCCCUGAUUAGAAGGGAACAAUGAAAAAAUGCAGCGGAACUGGCUUCAAGGUCCAGAGUUGAGUUGGAGGGAUAUAGGGGAUAUGCUGCCAUUUUGAGGCGUACCAAAUGUUUCUUUAUGUUUAACACAUACAGUAUGUGUACUUUAAUGGCUAAGCUCAUUUUCUUAUUUCAACUGGACAUAUUGUAAUUCAUCCUUAAUUGUAUAUGGAUAAGACCAUUUUGUGUUAUUUUGGCAAUAAUAAUGAAAUGUAUGUUAUGGAAAUCAAAACUAUAUCUUUGAUAUAUAAAAUGUUAAUUCAUUAACCUGAUAAAUGUAAACGUUCAACAUAUCACACGCCUUGUAAGCUGGCAAAGCAUAGCAAUUCAUAUGUUUACAUGCUCUUCACUAAGGAUUUAAUUGUAAUUGUUAUACACCUUUAUGUUGUUGCUCAAAUAACUGGCUUGCAUAUCACAUUAGACUAUAUGUAAGGCCAUGUGUGUCAUCAACCAGUAUUUGUUGAAAGAUCUAAGCCUAAUUCUGAACCAAAACAGGUUUCCAUGAAUAAAGAUUUCAAUAUGUUAUUUUUCCCCGCUUGCUACAAACAUACUGCUAUUAUCUUUACCCCGGGAUUGAAUUUAUGCGGUACGGAUGGAUGUUGCGUAAGCAAGGAAGUCAGUUUGAGCUUUGAGUUUGUGACACAGUAGCCCUGAUAUCAAGCACAGGAUAAUGUUGACACCGUCGAAUUAGAAUGAUUGAAAUUCUAAGUAUGAUUCUACUUCUAAAUCAUUGUAAUUCUAUGGUUGACACUACCAACCCUUUUGCCCUGUAACUCUAGGCUAGGUUCCAGGUGGACUAUCGUUAAAUGGUCAUUCUCAUAGACCUUUUGUACUGCAAGCUAUUUGUAACAUAGAUACUAUCGUUGCAUAUCUUGCUGUGAUGUUUUCUAUUUUCAUACAAAGUCUGUACAGCUUUUUUUGUACGUGCAUACAGGCAUCCAUUUUCUUUUUGUUAUUGCAUGUAAUUCGUAAGAAGGUGUUAUGGAGAGAGAGGUCAUUUGCAUAUAAUCGCAUUUGGUACUAUAGUCUACCCAAUAAGCAGCUGUUAUAUUUCAUAUAAUGCAUAUUUUAUUUCCAAAAAUGUACGCCACGUAUUUAAAAUGAAAGCAAGGUAUUUUUUUGAGUAUUGUAAAAAAAAGGGAACUCUGUUUUUGGAGCCACAUGUUUGUCUGUAUUCAUGUUAUGAUCAUUAAAAAGGAGCAUACAUACAGUCAGAGUGUGCUAGUGUUGUAUAACAUUGCAGAUUAUUCAUAAAUAAACUCUUCGCAUGUAA